CUCUUUUUCCAAAUGAACGAAGGCAGAGGGUAUAGGAUUGAUUGAGCAGGCAGGCAGCUGGUACCGACACAGAACCAAGCUGGACUCUGGGUGGAGGCUGUUCUGGCAUGAGGUUGGCUGUGCUCUUCUCUGGGGCCUUGCUGGGUCUACUAGCAGCCCAGGGGACAGGGAAUGACUGUCCUCAUAAAAAAUCGGCCACUCUGCUGCCAUCCUUCACGGUGACACCUACAGCUACAGAAAGCACAACAAGCCCUGGAACAACCAGCCAGAGAACGACCAAGAGCCACAGAACGACCACUUACACGGCUACCACCACUCAUAAAACUACCACCACAGGCACCACCAGCCACGAGUCUUCAACAGCCACUCACCAUCCUGCUACCACCACCAGUCACGGAAAUGCCACAGUUCAUCCAACAAGCAACAGCACUGCCACCAGCCCAGGACCCUCCACCAGAUCCCCCCGCCCAGGACCACCUCCACCCUCUCCAAGUCCUAGCCCAGGCUCCAAGGAGGCAAUAGGAGACUACAUUUGGACUAACGGUUCCCAGCCCUGCAUCCGGCUCCAAGCCCAGAUUCAGAUUCGUGUUCUGUACCCAACCCAGGAUGGAGGAGAGGCCUGGGGAAUCUCUGUUCUGAACCCCAACAAAACCAAGGCCCAAGGGGGCUGUGAGGGUGCUCAUCCCCACUUGCUCCUCUCAUUCCCCUAUGGACAGCUCAGCUUUGGAUUCAAGCAGGAGCCACUGCAGAGCACCGUCUACCUGAACCAUGUGACUGUGGAGUACAACGUGUCCUUCCCCCAGGCAGCACAGUGGAUAUUCUCUGUUCAGAAUUCAUCCCUUCGAGAUCUCCAAACCCCUCUGGGCCGGAGCUUCAGUUGCACAAACGCAAGCAUCGUUCUUUCACCAGCUUUCCACCUUGACCUGCUCUCCCUGAAGCUACAAGCUGCUCAGCUGCCCCCGACAGGGGCCUUUGGACCAAGUUUCUCUUGCCCCAGUGACCAAUCCAUCUUGCUGCCUCUCAUCAUUGGCCUGAUCUUACUCGGCCUCCUCACCCUGGUGCUUGUUACCUUCUGCGUCGUCCGGAGACGCCCACCCACUUACCAGCCCCUCUGAGCAUUUGUUCCAACAGCCAGGGCACCAGGAGGUGCCCUCAUUUCUCAGAGACAAAGUUAUCUUCCUUCCCUGUCUUCAUGAACAAAAGCAGAGAUAAUGCAAUCGGGAGGGAUGAGGAGAGAGAUGUUCAUUAAAUAUGACUGAUUCCCCCUCCCCCAUCUCCAGUGGGAGAACAGUAAAACUUGAUCAAAUCUU